AUGUCUCCUCUCGACAACCCAGCUGUGCCUAAGGGCUCCAUCGUCCUUGUGACUGGUGCCAACGGACUUGUCGGCUCUCACGUCGCCAAACAAUUCCUAGAGUACGGCUACAAAGUCCGCGGUACUGUUCGAAACACCGAGAAAAAUGCCUGGCUCUCGGCUGCUUUCGAUAAGCAAUAUGGACAGGGAAACUUUGAGCUUGUUAAGCUAGAGGAUAUGGCUUCUGUGGAUGCGCUGAAGGAGGUUGCUCAGGGCGUUUCAGUGAUCGCUCACACCGCUUCCAACAUGUCUCUGAGCCCUGACCCCAACAAGGUCAUCCCCGAAGCGAUUGACGGAGCCCUGGCUGCGCUAAAAGUUGCAUACAGUGUACCAAGCGUUAAGCGCUUUGUACUCACUUCCUCAUCUAGCGCGGCGACCAUUUCUGUCCCCGGCAAGCCUCACACGCUGGUCAAUGAGGAAAGCUGGUCUGAAGGCGCCGUCGAAGUUGCGUGGGCCGAUCCUCCUUACACCGCCAAGAGAUCGGGUGCUGUUUAUGCUGCAAGCAAGGUCCAGUCGGAACAGGCUGUUUGGAAGUACCACAAAGAACACCAACAUGAGAAGCCUGAGCUAGUUGUCAAUACUGUCCUGCCCAACUUCAACUGGGGCAAGUCUAUCGACACGGCCACCCAAGGCUACCCGAGUAGCUCUGGUAUGCCUGUUAUGCUCUAUCAAGGCAAAAUAGCCUAUGCCCAUCAUUUCACCGUACCGCAAUACUUCAUCGACGUCGAUGACACUGGAAGACUUCACGUCGCUGCCGCCAUCUUCGACCACGUCAAGGAUCAACGCAUCUUCGGCUUUGCAGGCCGCUUCAACUGGAACCAAGUUCUAGACAUUCUCAGAAAGCACUACCCCGAGAAGACAUUCCCUGAGAACUUUCAAGAUGGAGAGGAUGCAAAUGAGAUUGAACCUAGAGACAAGGCUGAGCAGCUGCUGAAGGAUCUGGGUCGCCCUGGUUGGACUAGUCUGGAGGACUCGAUUAUUGCGAAUGUGGAGGAUGUGGACAGUGCUGGGGAGGGUCUGUAUGUGAAAGACUACAGUGAGUUUGAGCCAAAGAUUUAG